CUGAUGUAACUUGAACACGACAUAUUAUAUUUAAACCCUUCUGAAAUCUAGAGUGCUGUGGUUUGCCAUGUUUGAUUCUCAUUUCAACAUUACAACGGUAAAACUUGCGCUUGGGGCCCUGUCUCUUGCUCUCAUUCUCUUCUGGUACUUACGGCCUGCACCACGGCUCACUCAGAUCCCACCAACACAAGAGAGAGUCCUCAUAUUAGGUGCAACGAGCGGAGUAGGUCGUACCCUUGCUCAUCAAUAUGCGAAGAGAGGUGCACGGGUAUGCUUGGUAGGACGGAGGGAAUCAAUGCUUGAUGAGGCUGCUGAGGAAUGCAGGAAGGAAUGGGUAUGUGAAAGCGGUCGUGUGUUGCGUGUGCGCGGCGAUUGCGCAAGCGUGGAAGACAUGACAAAGGUGCGUGACACGGUGAUCAAAGAGUGGGAUGGCAUCGACACGCUCAUAAUCACGGCUGGUGUUUCUGCCCUUCAACCGUUGAUGACGGUUGCUGGAGUGACUAGUUCCAAAGAUGGUCUCUCUCCGCCACACGCCACGGUUGAAGCCAUUCACCACGCGGUUGGUGUCGCUAAAACAGCCACCAAUGGCAAUUUCUUCGGACCAUACAUUGCUGCGAUCACAUUUAUACCUCUCCUCACUUCCUGUUCCAUCUCACCAUCUAUCCUUCUCCUUUCGAGUGCGGCAGCAAUCAUUCCUGCGCCAACACGCACCAUCUAUGCUUCUACUAAAUCAGCUUCCCAAAUGCUCUUUCAGGCGCUCGCAAUCGAGCACCCCCGUAUAUCAUUCACGUCCUUCCUUCCCGCAACGAUCGAGGGGGACUUCCGCGCGUCCGCGGUCGACACACCGCUCAACUCUUCCCCCGUUAUACACGAAGCUGACCCGAAUAAACAUGGCUUGCGACGCGAGGUGGUGGCGACACGCUGUGUCCAGGCCAUUGAUCAUAAAGAGAAGACGGUAUUUAUGCCCCGGUACAUGCGAAUUGCACACAUUUUGUAUUGGAUCUGUCCAGCAUAUGUGGAGUGGAGGGGAAGAGUGAAGUAUAAUUUUAGAGCCGACUAGGGCAUCCCCUUAGCGUCUUCCCUUGUAUGGAUAAGUGUACACUCUAGAAAUACCCGGAACCGAUUUACACCAGUCUGCGCGACACGGUAUGAUAGGAUCGACAGUUGUUCGUUCGUUGUACUAGAGUAUAUACCCACUGGUCCUGGCUAGAGCUUCCGACCCGCUAUGCUAUGCAGUUGUUACGUGGCCCAGCGUGGUGUAUUGUCACGCUGCCACAUGACAGUAUUAGCAUACCUGUGUAGUUACCGGUCAUCGUAAAAUGAAUUUGCUUUCCUUUAUAGCGUA